AGGAACCCCACGACGGCCCCAUCCAUCUCUUCCGCGGUUCCGCGUCCUCGUCGUCUUCCUCGCCACCUCCGCGCCCUCCAACCCCCGGCCCCUCCGUUCCCACCCCAGCGGAAACCCUAACCUCCCUCGGCCCCGGGGACCCAUGACGGUGCUCCGCCGCGCGCGAGGAGGGAGCGGAUUCACCGCCGCUCCGCCCUCGUCGCCCUAGGGCGCGACUCCCCGCCUCCCCAGCGCCAGGCCCGCUCGCGGGUCGCCUCCUCGGCCUCCGCCAUGUUCGAGGGCCACGUACUGUAUUUGCUACGCAAAUAUUUGGGUGAAUAUGUUGAAGGGCUUUCUGUUGAAGCUCUCAGAAUAAGUGUCUGGAAAGGUGAUGUCGUUCUGAAAGACUUAAAACUUAAGGCUGAAGCACUGAAUUCUCUCCGUCUUCCAGUAACAGUGAAAGCUGGUUUUGUUGGCACCAUAACGUUAAAGGUCCCAUGGAAAAGCCUGGGUAAAGAUCCGGUUAUUGUUCUUAUCGAUCGUCUAUUUGUUCUUGCUCAACCUGCUCCUGAUGGACAAACUCUCAAGGAAGAAGAUAUAGAAAAGCUUUUUGAAGCUAAGCUUCGGCAGAUCGAGGCUGCAGAGGCAGCAACCCUUGAAGCAACAAGUAAGAGUUCAAAAGGAGGAUCUGUGCCAGAUGGAAAUUCAUGGCUAUACAAUUUAAUUUCUACAAUUAUUGGAAAUCUUAAAGUUACUAUCAGUAAUGUACACAUUAGAUAUGAAGAUUCUGUCAGCAAUUCCGGGCACCCAUUUGCGUCUGGUUUCACUUUAUCGAAACUUGCAGCAGUUACGGUGGAUGAGGAGGGUAAUGAGACAUUUGAUGCAGGUGUAGCCCUAGAUAAGCUGCGAAAGUCUGUCGAACUGCAUAGGCUAGCCAUCUACCAUGACUCUGACAGCAAUCCUUGGAAGCUUGAUAAGAAAUGGGAAGAUCUAAAUCCUACUGAGUGGAGCGAGGUAUUUCAAGAUGGAAUUGAUGAUCACUCUGGCAAUUCCAUUUGGGCAGUAAAUCGAAACUAUUUGGUUUCCCCUAUAAAUGGAACCCUUAAAUAUAAACGACUUGGAAAGAAUGAAAGAGGAGAUCCAGAUACCCCUUUCGAGAAAGCCUCACUUGUCCUCAGUGAUGUUUCUUUAACUGUAACGGAGGCCCAGUAUUAUGAUGGCAUUAAACUGUUGGAAACAUUUUCGAGGUUCAGGACACGUGUUGAUGUAUCUCACUUACGGCCUGUUGUGCCAGUGAAGGAGGAUUGUCGUGCUUGGUGGCGUUAUUCUAUGCUGGCUAGUCUGCGACAAAAGAAAUUCUGCUAUUGGUUCUCGUGGGAGAGAACUAGGCAUUUCUGCCAGCUUCGUCGCCGUUAUGUUCAUGUGUAUGCUACCCUAUUGCAACAGGCAUAUAAUGUUGAUAUUUCUGAAAUUCGGGAGAUAGAGAAAAUUCUAGACAUGAAGGUCAUAAUACUUUGGAGAUUGUUGGGACAUGCUAAGGUUGAGACGGUGAAAUCAAAAGAAACACAGCAUAAAAAAGGUGCCUCAGAGAGAAGAUGGUGGCCUUUUGGAUGGAACUCGGUUGGUUUACCUUCUGAAGAAGCUACCCUACUAGAACCACAGUUAGAUGAAGAGGAGCAACUGACCAAAGAAGAGUGGCAGGCUAUUAAUAAACUGUUGAGUUACCAACCAGAUGAAGAUACAUCUUUCCCUCUCGAGAAGGUUUCCCCAAAUACAAUUCGAUUCUUGGUGGAUGUAUCUAUUGGCCAAGCUGCUGCAAGGAUCAUCAAUAUUGAUCGAACUGAGGUUGUGUGUGGUAGAUUUGAGCAGCUUCAGGUGGUCACUAAGUUGUAUCCCAAGAGCACACGAUGCGAUAUAACUUUGAAAUAUUGUGGUCUAUCUUCUCCAGAAGGUUCUCUUGCUCAGAGUAUCAUUAGUGAGAGAAAGAGUAAUGCUCUUGAUGCCAGUUUUGUGCAUGCACCAACUGAUAUGGACCUGGAUUGGCAGCUCACGGCGAAGAUAUCACCAUGCCAUGUUACGCUUUUGAAGGGGAGUUAUGAACGGUUUCUGCAGUUCAUUAAGCGAAGCAAUGCCGUUAGCCCAACAGUGACUAUGGAGACAGCAACUGCUUUACAGUUGAAGUUAGAGCAGGUCACACGUAGGGCCCAGGAGCAGCUUCAGAUGGUGUUGGAAGAACAGAGCAGAUUCGGACUUAAUAUUGAUCUGGAUGCACCAAAAGUUAGGAUUCCCUUGACCGUUAAUCAACCUGCUCUGGGAAAUGAGUACUUUGUUCUGGAUUUUGGCCAUUUUACAUUGCAUACAAGAGAUGGAACAUGUGAUGAAGAAAGACAAAGUUUAUAUUCACGCUUUUAUAUUUCUGGGAGGGAUAUGGCUGCUUUCCUUAUUUGUGAUUUAGCUCAGGACAUAUACUCCAUACCAGAAAAUUUAGGUCUAGAUGUGCUCUCAGGUCAUACCUCUGAUGCUAAUCAGUUCCGUUCUCUUCUUGAUCGCUGUGGAAUGUCGGUGAUAAUUGACCAGAUCAAAGUUCCACACCCGAGUUAUCCAUCAACUCGUGUUUCUUUUCAAGUACCCAAUCUGGAUAUUCACUUCUCACCAAAAAGGUACUGUAAAAUAGUCGAACUGCUUGGUGUACUUUACCAGUUGAAGGGAAGCAACAAUGAAGAUUCAAAAAGCUAUGAAAGUGGUAGCCUGGCGCCUUGGUAUCCUGCUGAUCUAGCUUGUGAUGCUAGAACUUUGGUUUGGAGGGGCCUUGGCUAUUCGCAAGCUGAAUGGCAUUCUUGCUAUGUUGUAUUAUCUGGGACGUAUCUGUAUAUUUUGGAGUCAGAAUUGUCCCAGAAUUACCAAAGGUGUUGUAGCAUGGCUAGUCAGCAAGUACUUGAAAUGCCAUCAACCAGUGUUGGCGGGUCUCUUUACAGUGUUGGUGUGUGUUCUAGAGGUGCAGACACGCAAAAGGCACUAGAAUCAAACAGCACACUGAUAAUGGAAUUCUGUAAUGAAAUUGAGAAGGCUAAUUGGAUGAAAGCACUCAUCCAGGCAACAUAUCGAGCUUCUGCCCCUCCUGAGGUGAACAUAUUGGGAGACCCUGUCAGCACUCCUUCAGAAUUAAGCACACCAAGGCUUAGUAGCUUGGGAUCAGUGGAUCUUGUUGUGAAUGGUUCUGUCAUUGAGACUAAACUUUCCGUGUAUGGAAAGUUGGACAGAAAGAACAAAGAUCCACAAGAGCUUUUAAUGUUAGAGCUCCUCGGGAAUGGAGGCAAGGUUAAUGUUGUUCAAUCUUCUUGUGGUCUUAGUGUGAAAACAAAAUUGCAUUCAUUGAAGAUAAAGGAUGAGCUACAGGGUCUUUUUUCAAUGUCUUCAAAGUAUUUAGCAUGCUCUGUUAUUAAUGAAAGUGUGGAAGCUACUUGUUCUGGUAUACCUGAUAAGGAGGGUGACCUAAGCUCCUUUUCUGUGGAUGAAGAUUCUUUCAUGGAUGCAUUGACAGAUUUUACUCCUUACCAAAGUUUUUAUCCACAUGACAAUGAAAUUCCCUCGAAUUUAAGUUCUGAAACAAAUGAGUAUACUGAAACGAGUUCAAAAGAUGGUUUAUGGUUUGAUGGGGACCAACAGAAAGUGAAACCUACAGAAAUAUUUUACGAGGCACAAGACAAUAAUGCCACAGAUUUUGUCGUUCUUACAUUUUUGAACAGGAGUCCAGAUUCUUGUCUUUAUGAUGGUAUAGAUUCACAGAUGAGUAUUCGAAUGUCCACACUGGAAUUCUACUGUAACAGACCCACACUUGUUGCUCUCAUUGAGUUUGGAUUUGAUGUUAGCAUGGUUAAUUCUGUGCCAAAAAGUAACUCUGAUAUGGGACGUGCAACCCAGAUUGCAAAACCUGCAGGGAAGGAAGACAGUGGUCGUACUGUUGUGAAAGGAUUGUUAGGUUAUGGAAAACGUCGAACUAUUUUCAACAUGAAAAUGGAUGUGGAUCGGGUAUCAAUAUUUCUUAACAAGGAAGAUGGUUCUCAGCUUGCAAUGUUUGUGCAAGAGAAAUUUCUGUUUGAUCUGAAGGUUCAUCCAAGUUCUUUUUCAAUUGAUGGUAUACUGGGCAAUAUGAGAUUUUGUGACAUGUCCCUUGGGCCGGAUCAUCGCUGGGGUUGGCUUUGCGAUAUACGGAAGCCUGGUGUUGAGUCGCUUAUAAAGUUCACAUUCCAGUCAUACAGUGUUGAGGAUGAAGAUUUUGAUGGUCACAACUACAGCUUGACUGGGCAGCUUUCCGCUGUCCGUAUUGUUUUCCUUUAUCGUUUUGUUCAGGAGUUCACUUCAUACUUUAUGGAGCUUGCCACCCCUCAUACUGAAGAGGCAAUCAAGUUUAUUGAUAAAGUUGGAGGUUUUGAGUGGUUGAUUCAGAAAUAUGAAAUAGAUGGUGCUUCUGCUACAAAAUUGGAUCUUUCACUUGACACACCCAUAAUCAUUGUUCCAAAGAAUUCCCAAAGCGAAGAUUACAUACAACUUGAUCUAGGACAACUAAAGGUGAGGAAUGAGCUUAGUUGGCAUGGUGGUGAAGAGAGUGAUCCUUCUGCCGUACGGCUUGAUAUUCUUAAUGCUGAGAUAAAUGGAAUCAACAUGGCGGUUGGAGUAAAUGGAACUCUCGGAAAGUGUAUGAUUCGGGAAGGUCAUGGCAUCAAAGUAGAGGUGCGACGGAGCCUGCGGGAUGUCUUCCGAAAGGUCCCACUACUCUCUAUGAAAGUUCAGAUAAGAUUGCUGCAUGGUGUCAUGUCAGAUAAGGAGUACAAUGUGAUCACAAAUUGUAUUUCUACAAAUCUAUCAGAGACACCUAACCUUCCCCCAAGUUUUCGUGAAAAUGUAAACCGGACAAAGGAGUCAAUACGCCUCCUUGCGGAUAAAGUUAACCUUAAUAACCAUUCAUUGCUUUCGCGUACUGUUGUUAUCAUGACUGUGGAUGUUCAGUAUGCGUUGCUUGAACUUCACAAUGGCCCAGAUGCAGAGUCACCUCUGGCGGAGCUUGCUCUGGAAGGUUUAUGGGUUUCUUACAGGACAACAUCAAUGCUUGAGAUGGAUCUAUAUUUGUCUAUACUGAAAUUCUCGAUACAUGAUAUCCGUCCAGAUACGAAGUCUGAGAUGCAUCUGAUGCUUGGAUCUUAUUCAGAGACUGCUAACCUGUGCACUGAGGACUCUUCUACUGAUGUGGGGGUUUCAAACCUCACAAUGCUGAUACUGGAUUAUCGUUGGCGUUCUUCCUUUCAGUCAUUUGUUAUAAGAAUUCAGCAGCCUCGUGUACUCGUCGUCCUGGAUUUUCUGCUUCGUGUUGUUGAGUAUUUUGUGCCUUCUUUAGGCACAAUAACCGGCAGAGAGGAAAGUCUAGACCCAAAGAAUGAUCCUCUUAUGAGGUCUGAUGAUAUUAUACUUUCUGAGCCUGUUUUCUUCCAGAGAGAGAAUAUUAUUCAACUAUCUCCUGGAAGGCAGCUAAUAGUUGAUGGUUGUGACACUGAUGAGUUCACUUAUGAUGGCUGUGGAGGCACCAUAUCAUUGUGUGAUAAAUUUGACAAGAAGGGCCAGCUAUACUCAGGGACUAUAAUCAUAGUUGGGCGUGGCAAAAGACUUCGAUUCAAAAAUGUGAAAAUUGAGAAUGGUACAUUACUUAGAAGAUGCGUAUACUUAAACACUGGAAGUAGCUACUCAAUCUCUGCUGAAGAUGGUGUUGAGGUCUCAGUGUUGGAAAGUUCUUUUAGUACAGAUGAUGAUCGUAUGAAUCUUGAAGAAUAUAACAAGAAAAUGAGUACUCACCAGAAUGCCGCUGAUGCUCCUGCAAACCAAAUGCUGAACUUUACAUUUGAAGCUCAGGUUGUGUCCCCAGAAUUUACCUUUUAUGACAGUUCAAAGGUUUCGAUGGAUGACUCAUUGCACUUUGAGAAGCUUCUUCGCGCCAAGAUGGAUUUCAGUUUCAUGUACGCUUCAAAAGAAAAUGACAUCUGGGCUCGAUCUGUCGUUAAAGACCUUACGGUAGAAGCUGGGUCUGGUCUUCUUGUUCUUGAGCCGGUAGAUGUUUCAUGGAAAUAUACUUCAGUCAGCGAAAAGACAAACAUAGUAUUGACAUCGACAGAUGUUUGCAUCCAUCUUUCGCUUAGUGUUGCUUCUCUCUUGCUCAAACUACAAAAUCAAACUCUUGCAGCAUUGCAGUUUGGUAAUAUCAGCCCACUGGUUUCUUGUACAAACUUUAAAAGAGUUUGGAGCUCACCAAACGGUGACCUACCUGGUUACAACCUAACCUUCUGGAGGCCACAAGCUCCCUCAAAUUAUGUGAUUUUGGGUGAUUGUUUGUCCUCGAGGUCUGUGCCACCUUCUCAGGUUGUGGUUGCUGUAAGUAAUACUUAUGGUCGUGUACGGAAACCUCUUGGAUUUAGGCUUGUUCAUGUAUUACCUGGUUCUCUAGAUCUCAUUGAUUCCUCUCAGUCAACUGAGGAAAAUGAGUGUUCUAUCUGGAUUCCUGUGCCACCGCCUGGAUAUUUGUCUCUAGGAUGUGUGGUAAAUAUUGGAAGGCAACCACCUUCAAACCAUGUAGUGUACUGCCUUCGUUCUGAUCUUGCAACUUCUGCAUCAUUUUCAGAUUGUAUACACACCCUCUUACCUGCUCCUGGAAUAAUCUCUGGUUUUAGCAUCUGGCGUGUUGACAAUGUGAUUGCUUCGUUCCGUGCACAUAGUUCUACAGAAGAACCCAGUAGAAUAGAAGCUCUUGAUUUGCACCAUAUUCUUCUCCGGAAUCCAAACUGCUAUAUUGUUAAAGAUCUAAAUGCAGAUUCAUCUGUUGAGAAUGACCCGCCUACUGAUCAAUCAUCUCACCGCAAGAGUACUUCUGGAUGGGAUGUACUUCGCACUUUGUCGGGACCAAGUAACUAUUGUACGUCUACUCCACACUUUGAAAGAAUAUGGUGGGAUAAAGGCUGCGAUACAAAGAGGCCGUUUUCUAUAUGGAGGCCAUUGCCUCGUUUUGGGUUUGCUUCACUUGGUGACUGUGUAACUGAAGGAUUUGAACCACCAACGCUUGGCAUUCUUUUUAAGUGUGACACGAUUGUUUCUGAGAAACCUGUACAGUUUAAUAAAGUGGCACAAAUUGAUAGAAAAGGAUUUGAUGAAAUAUUCUUCUGGUAUCCAGUGCCCCCUCCUGGUUAUGCUUCCCUUGGCUGUGUGGUGACAAAAACAGAUGAAAUGCCAAGCAAGGAUUCCAUUUGUUGCCCUAAAUUGGGUCUGGUGAGUCAAGCGAAUAUCGCAGAUGAUCCCAUCUCCAGGUCGUCUAGCUCAAAGGGUCCUAACUGCUGGAGCAUUUGGAAAGUUGAAAAUAAGGGAUGCACUUUCCUGGCAAAACCUGAUCUGAAGAAACCAUCAGUUCGAUUGGCAUACAGUAUUGCAGAUCAUGCAAAGCCCAAGGCACGUGAAAACAUUACUACUGAGCUGAAGUUGGGAUGUUUGUCAAUCAGUAUCCUUAACAGCUCCUGUGGAAUGGUCACACCACUUUUUGACACUACAAUCGCAAAUAUAAAUGUUGCAACACAUGGAAGAUUUGAGACAAUGAACACUGUAUUGAUCUGUUCAAUUGCUGCAUCCACAUUCAAUAGACACUUGGAGUCAUGGGAACCCUUUGUGGAGCCAUUUGAUGGGAUAUUCAAGUUUGAAACAUAUGAUACCAGUGAACACCCUCCAUCAAAAGUUGGUAAGAGGAUUUGUGUUGCUGCAACAAGUCCUCUAAAUGCCAACCUGAGCUCUGCAAAUCUUGAUCUUCUUAUAGAAACUUUAGUUUCAUGGAGAAGACAGAUUGAUCUAGAAAAAAAAUCAUCAAUAAAAAACGAGGAUACUGUUGAAAAUUGGAAAAAAGUUAAUGACUCUUCUGGCUCCGCGUUGAAUGAAGAUGAUUUCCAGAGAGUAGUUUUUGAGAACAAAUUAGGAUGUGAUGUUUAUCUUAAGAAAAUGGAAGACACUGACAACAUUAUUGAGUUGAUACAACAUGAGAGUAAAAUUUCGUUGUUGAUGCCACCUCCCAGGUUUUCUGACAAACUAAAUGUGUUAGCCAAUUCCACAGAAUCAAGAUCUUCUGUUGUUGUACAGAUCUUUGAGUCUAAGGGCUUGCCUAUCAUAGAUGAUGGCAAUGACCAUAGCUACUUCUGUGCUUUGCGCCUACUUAUAGGAAGUCAUGCUUCUGAUCGGUACAAAGCAUUCCCACAAAGUGCCAGGACAAGAUGUGUAAAACCUGUGAAAACUACUGAGUUACAGACACAUUAUGCUCAGUGGAAUGAGCAUUUUAUAUUUGAAGUUCCGGAACAGGCAUCAGCGAAUUUAGAGAUUGAGGUAACGAAUCUUGCAUCAAAAGCUGGGAAAGGUGAAGUACUUGGUUCGUUGUCAAUUCCUAUUGGACGGGGAGCAACAACGUUGAAACAAGCUCCUUCUAUGAGGAUCCUUCAGCAAACAUCUGACGUCAAACGAGUAAUAACAUGUCCUCUUACAAGGAAGGCACCUAAUUAUGAAGACAGGGAAAACUGUGGUGUUUUAGUACUAUCGAGUUGUUACAUAGAAAGAUCUACUCAUUCAAACUUUCAGAGCUGGAAAGACAGCAUAAGCAAUGCAGAGAGUGACUUCUGGAUAGGGCUUAGCCCAGAUGGUCCAUGGGAAAGCUUUACUGCGGUUUUUCCACUGUCAAUCAUCCCAAAAUCACUUAACAAUAACCAUUUUGCAUUUGAGGUCACCAUGAGGAAUGGAAAGAAACAUACCACCUUGAGAGGCCUUGCGGUUAUUGCUAAUGAUGCUGACAUACAACUUGAAGUAUCUGUCUGUCCUGUAAACAUGCUUAAUAGCUCUGUGCUAAAUGCUAGGUCAACCAGUUCCACUAGUGCUAUUGAUGAAAUAUUUGAAAAUCAGUGGUACCGACCAAUUACAGGGUGGGGAACUAACCCCUCUAAUGAUCAUGGAAAUGACUUAAGGCAGUGGAGCUCAAGGGACUGCUCUUACUCAACUAAGGCAUUUUUUGAGCCUGGUCUUCCAUCUGGUUGGAGAUGGACCUCACCAUGGAAAAUCGAAAAGUCCAAUUUCGUGGAUAAUGAUGGGUGGGCAUAUGCUUCUGAUUUUCAAAACUUGAAUUGGCCAUCGUCUUCCUGGAAAUCAUCCAAAUCACCACAUGACUUCGUGAGGAGAAGGCGUUGGGUACGUGCUAGACAACGGUUGCAAGAUCUUAGUGCAGAAAUUCCUAGAAAAAUACUUGCUACUGUCAAUCCCCAUUCUUCUACUGCAUUGCCUUGGACAGGAUUGAUUAGAGAUAUGGAUCUGUGUUUGCAAGUCCGUCCAUAUUCUGAAAAAUCAGAGGAAUCGUACAGCUGGAGCCAGGUUAUUUCACUAGGUUCCGAGAGCAUACCUAAGCAGCAGCAGCAGCAAUCUUCACAUUCUAGGAAAAGCACCUUAAAACAGUCAACUGUGCCCUCAAAGAAUUCUGUUCUUAGGCUUGCUGAACUUGAGAAAAAGGAUUUGAUUUCAUAUUGCCAUCCUCCUGCUGGCAUUGAACGACAUUUCUGGCUUAGUGUUGGAAUCGAUGCUUCAGUUGUUCAUACAGAUUUGAAUGUGCCUGUUUAUGACUGGAGAAUUUCCUUCAAUUCAAUUCUUAGACUUGAAAAUAAGCUUCCGUAUGAAGCUGAGUAUGCUAUUUGGGAGAUCUCUUGUGAAGGUAAUAUGGUUGAAAGGCAGCAUGGUAUUGUCUCAUCAGGUGGAAGUGUAUUUAUCUAUUCAGCAGAUAUACGAAAACCUGUUUACCUCACUUUGUUUCUCCAAAAUGGCUGGAUUUUAGAAAAGGAUGCUGUAUUGAUAAUGGAUUUAUUGUCCCUGGAACACGUUUUUUCUUUCUGGAUGGUUCAGAAACAUAGCCAAAGGAGACUACGUGUUAGUGUUGAACAUGACCUAGGAGCAAGUGAUGCUGCACCAAAGACGCUGAGAUUGUUUGUUCCGUACUGGAUCAAAAACCAUUCUUCAAUUCCACUAUCUUAUCGCAUUGUAGAAGUGGAACCCACACAGAGCUCAGAUGCAGACUCACUUAGCAAACCAGACUCACUAGGUAGACCUGUUAAAUCUUCAAAAUUUUCCCUUAGAUAUUCUUCAAAAUCGCUUGCCAGAAGGGGCACAGUGUCACAGAGAAAUAUGCAAAUACUGGAAGUUAUUGAAGAUUGCAGCACAAACUAUGUGAUGAUAUCACCACAAGAUUACAUGAGCCGUUCUUCAGGUAUGCGCUCUGAGUCUGGGGAUAAAAAUUUCAGCCCGGCUCGAAUUGCAAUAUCUGUGGCUGUUAGCAGUUGCACACAGUACAGUAUAGGAGUGUCUCUUUUUGAGCUUGAGAGCAAGGAGCAUGUUGAUUUCAAAGCAUUUGCUUCUGAUGGAUCAUAUUACUGGUUCUCAGCUCAACUGAAGAUGGCUUCAGACAGAACAAAGGUAGUAAAUUAUCUGCCACGUGCACUUUUUAUCAAUAGAAUUGGGAGAAGUAUUACUUUAUCGGAGUAUCAUAAUGAUACUGAGGAGCCUUUACAACCAUAUGAACCUCCAAAAGUAUUUCAAUGGCGAUCAGAAUUUGGAAGUGAACUUUUAAAGCUGCGUCUGGAGGGAUACAAAUGGAGUACACCUUUUAGCAUCAAUGCUAAUGGAGUAAUGUGUGUGCUCAUGAACAGUAUUGCAGGAAAUGAUCAAGCUUUUGUGAAGGUAAACGUGAGAAGUGGAACAAAAAGUUCACGCUAUGAAGUUAUAUUUCAGCUCGCUUGCUGGUUCAGCCCAUACAGGGUGGAGAAUCGCUCCAUGUUCUUGCCUAUACGGUUUCGGCAGGUCGGUGGUGAUGAUUAUUCGUGGCGUAGUCUGCCGCCAAAUUCAUCAGCUUCCUUCUUCUGGGAGGAUCUUGGCAGAAGGCGUCUAUUGGAAGUAUUGGUUGAUGGAACUGACCCUACAAACUCCAUGACAUACGACAUCGAUGUUGUCAUGGAUCAUCAACCAUUGACUAAUUCAAGUGGGCUUAAGAAGGCCUUGCGUGUCACUGUUUUGAAGGAGGGGAAGCUGCAUAUUACUCAAAUCAGUGAUUGGCUGCCAGAUAAUAAAACUCGGGGACAAACAAUUGAAAGGUUAUUAUCUCCAAUCUUUCAGCCUUCAGAGGUCGACUAUGGGCAGUCAUCUCCCAACCUGGAUAGUGAAUUCCAUGUUACUUUGGAACUAACGGAGCUGGGCAUUUCUGUAAUUGACCAUAUGCCCGAGGAAGUUCUUUACCUCUCAGUGCAGCAACUAUUACUUGCAUACUCAUCUGGAAUGGGCUCUGGAAUUAAUAGGUUCAAAAUGCAGAUGCAGUGGAUUCAAGUAGACAAUCAGUUGCCAUUUGUUCCAAUGCCUGUCCUUUUCUGUCCUCAGAAGAUUGACAAUCAGUCAGACUAUGUUGUCAAGUUCUCUAUGACAGUGCAGACUAAUAAUUCUCUAGAUUUUUGCGUUUAUCCAUAUGUUGGUGUGCAGGUUCCUGAGAGUUGUGUGUUUUUUGUUAACAUCCAUGAACCAAUCAUUUGGCGCCUUCAUGAGAUGAUUCAACACCUAAAAUUUGAUAGGAUAUAUAGCUCUCAACCUUCAGCUGUUUCAGUGGAUCCUAUACUGAAGAUUGGGCUUCUGAACAUCUCUGAGAUCCGAUUUAGAGUAUCGAUGGCAAUGUCCCCGAGCCAAAGGCCGAGAGGAGUCCUUGGGUUCUGGUCAUCCUUGAUGACUGCACUGGGAAAUAUGGAGCAUAUGCCGGUCCGUAUAGCUCAAAGGUAUCGCGAGGAAUUGUGCAUGAGGCAAAGUGCUCUAAUGAAUGCAGCUAUAUCUAACAUUCAAAAAGAUCUUCUUAGCCAACCUCUUCAACUACUAUCCGGUGUUGACAUUCUUGGUAAUGCAAGUAGUGCUCUAAGUAACAUGAGCAAGGGUAUAGCAGCACUGUCUAUGGACAAGAAAUUCAUUCAGAGCCGAAUGAGACAGGAUAGCAAAGGAGUGGAAGACUUUGGUGAUGUCAUACGAGAUGGAGGUGGUGCUCUUGCAAAAGGCAUAUUCAGAGGUGUCACAGGUAUAUUGACAAAGCCCAUUGAGGGUGCAAAAUCUUCCGGUGUUGAGGGUUUUGUACAAGGAGUUGGAAAAGGUAUAAUUGGUGCAGCUGCACAGCCAGUUAGCGGAGUUCUUGAUCUUUUGUCGAAAACUACUGAAGGUGCAAAUGCGGUGAAAAUGAAAAUAUCAUCAGCUAUAAUGGCUGAAGAGCAGUUACUGCGUAAGCGUCUCCCUCGAGCAAUCGGUGGUGACAGCUUGCUCUAUCCUUACGACGAGCAUAAAGCAGUUGGCCAGACUAUCCUGCAUCUAGCUGAAUAUGCUACAUUUCUUGGUCAAGUUGACAUUUUUAAAAUCCGAGGAAAGUUUGCAUCUACUGAUGCUUAUGAGGAUCAUUUUUUACUUCCUAAGGGGAAGAUUUUUUUUAUUACACACAGAAGAGUACUAUUACUCCAGCUACCGAUGAUGACCCAGCGAAAGUUUAAUCCUGCAAAGGAUCCUUGCUCAGUAAUCUGGGAUGUGUUGUGGGAUGAUCUGGUGACAGCGGAGAUGACCAAUGGGAAAAAAGAUCCUCCCAGAUCCUUGCCUUCAAAGCUUAUUUUGUACUUGAAAGCUAAACCUUCUAAUUCAAAGGAAGUUGUUCGGCUGGUCAAGUGUAAUCGUGGUUCUGAUCAAGCAACAAUCAUUUACUCAGCAAUUGACAAAGCUUAUAAAGCAUACGGUCAAAAUUCAUUGAAGGAAUUACUGAGAUGGAAGGUACCAAGGCCAUAUGCCCCUCGCGAUAAUAGUGGUCGAAGUUUCCAAGGCUUAUCAUUUUGUUAAAAGAUCAACAAACACUUGCACACUUUUAUGUUGUGCUGCCCUAAAGAAGAAAAUGUUCUGUGGGUCACUAUGGAUGUGCGAUACAGUAUGGUACAAGCAACAUCCUGCUUAUUCGAGAUACAAUGAUGCGCAGCUUUUCUGCGUAUUUGAGGAAAAAAAAGCAACAACAUGCUAGGUUGAAGGUAAGAGCACUUGAGUACAGUGUGUACUUCGGUUUCACAAAAAAAAAAGAGAUGAUUCUAGUUCUCAGUGAAAUGUCCCAUCAUAAAAUGAUCAAAUAUCUGAUGCUAACCAAAAAAAAAAACAUGGUACAAAAUCACAUUGGAAUUUUUUUAUGUACCCUACGGAAAGGAGUGAGGUUCUAUUUCAUUGUAAUGGGUUAAGUGUGCUAACCUGAAUUUCAUGCAAGUCCUACGCUUGUAGUACCAUUGUAUCAUCUCAGUGGGCAUCUUGUCAGUUUACGAUGAUCCAAAUUAAAUUAGAUAAAUUUAAGUGAUGAUUUGGAUUUGUUC